AUGGGUAGUACUUAUUCCGCACCCGUGCAGCCAGCUCCACGAGUCACUGAAGAGCUGGAUAAACCAUUUUUACGGCCGUGUGAAAGACCUCAUCCUCAAGAGACCUUCGAUCAAACUUCUAUUGCCAGCGAUUCGUUCUAUGGCAAGAUUCGGGCCAUCUACGCACAGCGGGUGCUGAAGACGCAGCUUGAACAGUUGCGAAAGCAAGGCAGUUACGAGGCGUUUAAACUGGGCUGGCACCCUAAGUUUGACAUCGAGAAGCUUCAGGGCGCAAAAUGUACAAUCUCCAGCCCUCCCACGUUGUUCUGGGAUUCAGAUGUUGGUAAAUGGAUCGAAGCAGCUUGUUAUUUCCUCAGCACUGCCGAUGGGAAAGGACUCCCCCACGCCUCGGAAUUCGUCUCAGCAAUCGACGAGCUCAUUGCCAUGAUGGCCAAAGCACAGCAAUCAGAUGGAUAUCUCGGUACUUACUUCACGGUUGUGGAUAAAGCGGGCAGACUCAAAAAUCUGCGGGAUAUGCAUGAAAUGUAUAACUGCGGUCAUCUGCUGGAGGCCGCUCUGGCCCACUACCGGUGGUCUGGGGAUAGGAAGUUUCUGAAUAUCAUGAUCAGGUAUGUCGACCUCUUAAUGAAGACCUUUGGACCCGGCGAAAAUCAAAGACACGGUUAUCCCGGUCACCCAGAGCUGGAGCUUGCCAUAUUGCGACUUUACAGUUUAACUCGAGACCCUCGCCAUUACGCUUUCGGUCGUUACCUCGUCGCCGCCCGUGGCCAGCGUGAACCUUCUCUAGGGGGCAAACCUUUCUUCGUCUGGGAGGCAGAACAACGUAAGGAUACCUUCUUCCACGCUUCGAUGGCUUCUAUCGACGAUGGAAGAUAUCAUCAGUGGCACGCCCCCCUCCAUGACCAAGACACGAUUCUCGGACACUCUGUCAGGGCAUUGUAUCUUGUUACUGCUGCUUCUGACCUUGAUGGGACGCUGCUCAACGACGCCAAUAGACUGUGGAAUGAUUGCGUGGAUAACAAGAUGUAUGUCACCGGCGGGAUUGGUAGUGUUCCCGACAUCGAAGGUUUCUCCGAAUUCCCUCACUUCCUGCCCAACAGCCAUGACGAGGGAGGGUGUUAUGCCGAGACCUGCGCCAGUAUUGCGUGCAUGAUGAUCUGCGAGCGGCUGCUUAGUCAAAAGCUGAGUGGGAAGGCGAGGGACGUUAUGGAACGAUGUUUGCUGAACAACGUACUCGGUGGGGCUAGCUUGGAUGGGAAGCGCUUUUACUACGCCAAUAGGCUGGCCACUUGCGGGAAUGAAGUCGCUGACAGAUCGGAAUGGUUCGAGGUCUGUUGCUGUCCCCCAAACCUGUCCAGGACGAUGGGCUUGUUAGGCGGUUAUAUGUGGUCGGUAAAGACAAAAUCUCAGACAAUAUCUUUAGACAUCUACCUCUACAUGUCGGGUGAGAGAACUGUGAAGCUUCCAAGCGGAGAAAUCGCGACUGUGGAGAUGAGUAGUGAGAUGCCCUGGUAUGGAAAGACAACUCUUCGACUCCAGGCACCCGUGGGAUACGAAUGGAUCGUGCAGAUUCCCGAGCCAGAGUAUGCUGUCAUUUUCGAUGUGUCACCGCCGAGCUUAAUCACGAACACCGAUGUCGAAGGCUACCAUUCGCUAUUCCUUCCUGCGCGAAGUACAAUCUCCGUCACUUUCGAUAUGCCCGUGCGCCUUCUUGCUCCUCACCCUGCUACCCAUCAAGACACCCUUGCCAUCGCCCGAGGUCCGAUCAUCUACGCCGCCGAGUCGUACGAUAAUACCAAAAUGGAAGGGGAAUGA